AUGCUCUUAAUGCUACUUUUUUUGCUUGUGCAAUCUUAGAUAAAUGAUUGCUAAAUCCAAUCAGAAGAAUGUUCAGAAAACUAUGAUCCAGUUUGUGGGUUAAAUAUUGGCAACAGUACCAUCUAAACUUUUGUUAAUAAUUGUUAUGCUUGUAAAGCAAGUUAGGUGGUUAAAUAUAUAAAAGGAGAUUGCUCAAAGCAAAUAGAUGAUACCAAAACUGAGACUCCAUCCUUACCCAGUGAAGGUGAUAAUAGCACUAUUAUAACUGCACCUGGGAAUUACACCGAGGUGAUAGCUUGUGCAAAUCCUAGACCCAGUAUAUGCGAUACUAGUUUAAAAUAAAUCUGUGGACUCCUUGAUUCUACAACUAAAUGUACUGGAUAAAAUUGUUUGUAGUAAUUCUCAAAUUAGUGUUUGGGAUGUAGAAAUAGCUCAAUUCAUAGUUACUUCUUUGGAAAUUGCUCGGAUUACAAUCCUUAGACUCCAACUGUUAUCUAGUGCAGCAUAAAAUCUCAAAAGAAAUGUGAAUUGAAGGAAUAACUUACUGUUUGCGGCUUUUUAGAUGAAACUGCUAUAUGUUAUAAUCCACCUUGUCUAUAACCAUUUGAUAAUUAAUGUGAACCAUGCCAAUAAACUAAUAUUACAUCAUAUUAUAUUGGAGACUGCAACCAAUAUUAAAAAUUGUUCACUAAUCCUUCAUAACAAGCUGAUUCUUUUGUGGCCAAUUAUUAAUAUUGCCAGGCUUAAAGACCUUAACAAUGUGAUCAAGAUUAUGUUCAAACCUGUGGUGUCUUAAAGUCUUGCCAUGGAAGUGGAUGCGAAAGAACCUAUGAUAAUCCUUGCAGUGCUUGUCAAAACAGUGAAAUUGAAGGGUACUAUACUGGGGAAUGUGUCAAUAACUAUGAGGCACUAAUCUCAAUGUUUAUUAUUGUUUUGUUUAUAUAAUGA